AUGAUCCUUCAAAAAUCUUCAAAGCUUCUGAUACUUCUGCUACUUCUUGCUAUCUCUUUUAUAAGAACGCGAGGCCUUAACAGUAUUAUAAACGAGCUAAACAAACGUCUGCUCAUCUCCACAAACAUUUUGUACUGCAACCGAACCGAUGUACUACGUGAAUACGAGAUCAAGUACCUCCGACAAAUGCCACUUAUAAACCUGAUGAUAUUUAGCUCAGCUAAAUCCUUUAAUGCUACUCGAAUUGAAUACAAUUUGGGAGCUGACAACAAACUCUUUUUGAUCUUGGGUAAUGAAGAACCGCCCUAUGAUUUCUUUCACGCCUUGAACCUGCAUUUUCAAGAAGCUGAAUACAUAUUAGUUAUAGAUAACCCCUUACAUCUAAGGAGGGAAACCAAGUGGUUGGAUUUUGUAAGGCACUUGUGGCAGCAAGGGUACGUGAAUUUGCUAUUUUAUACCUCUUACGAUGAAAAACUAUAUCACAAAAUGGUAUUUCCCGAGGUGCUGAUAGAGGAGGCUUCUAUAAAGCACUAUAUAUCCGUUCGCGGAUCGUUCAGGAACCUAUAUGGUUAUCCGGUUCGGGUUGCAGCCUACAAUAACGUCCCGCGCUCUAUGAUCUACGAGAAUCGCUGGGGUGAGAAGGUAUUUGCUGGGUUCUACAUGAGGUUUAUAAGGGCUUUUAUUGGCUCCAGGAAUGGCAGCUUUGUGCCAGUUCUCACGCCGAGUGAUUCGCCCGGAAAUUGUACACUGCAUUUGCGCAAUGAAACGGUGGAUGUGUGUGCCGAUGCCCUGGCAGCGAAUCCCGCGGCUUUCAGUCUGACCCAUGGAUUCAGGAUAGCCUCGGCGAAUGUUUUCGUGACCCAUGCCAAGCCCCUACAUUCCUAUCGAUAUCUUACCGCUCCAUUUCAGUGGAGUGUAUGGCUCUGCUUGGCUGGCUACGUAAUCGUGGUAGUAAACUUCCUGAGCCUGAUACACUGGCUAAGAAGUGGAAAAUGGGAUUUCAGCAAACAUCUCCUCGAGGUCUUCAGCUCACUUUUAUUCAGUGGAUUCUACUUGAAAGAGAUUCACGGAAGGGAGAGAUACAUACUCUUCGGAGUGCUGUUCAUAGCUGGAUUUGUCUACUCCACCGAGUAUCUGGGAUUGCUGAAGAGUAUGUUGAUCUCGGAGGUUUUCGAAAAGCAAAUCGAUACCUUUGAGGCAUUGGUUGAGAGCAAUAUAACGCUGAUGGUGGAUCCGUACGAUCAGACUCUGUUCGCCAAAUACAACAUGCCCAAGAUACUUGCUCCACUAAUGGAGCCAGUCAGUUUUGAGACUCUCUUGGAGCAUAGAAAUCGCUUUGACCAGGAUUAUGCCUAUAUACUGUUCUCGGAUCGAAUGGCCUUAUACGACUACGCCCAGCAGUUCCUGAAGCACCCGAAGCUCUUGAGGAUUCCCAUUGACUUCUCGUUCCUUUACACCGGCAUCCCGAUGCGGAAGAGAUGGUUCCUGAAGCACCAUUUGGGCCACGCCUGGUACUGGGCCUUCGAGAGCGGUCUUACGAGGAAACUGGCCUUGGAUGCCGACUACGAGGCGGUCCGCGUGGGCUACCUAAACUUUCUCAUCACGGAACAUGUGGAGGCCCAGCCGCUGGACGUGGAUUAUUUCGUCAUGCCGGCAAUUGCUCUGGCCCUCGGCUACAUCCUGGCCUUUUUCAGUUUUGUCAUCGAGAUGACGGCCUGGCGCAUGAGAGGAGUCCUGGGAUGCAAGAUGGGGACGAGUACCGGUUGCCCAGAAGGCGGCUAUGUUGAUGUUGAUUGA